GGCCCUCAACGCUGCAAAAAUAGCUGCUCAGAGGCUUACUGAUGACAAGAUGCUACUGCAAAAAGAAGUUGAGCUGUGUCACUUUGAAAAUGCUUGCCUACGUCAAAAGCUCUCCUCAGUGGUAUGGUAUUGCUAUCCACAUUCUACAUCUUUGUAGCAGCUGGGGGGGUUUUUGUUCAGUCUCACUUAGAAUAUACAGAAUAUAAAAGAGGGAUUUUGCUUAUUUUUGACAUGUUACUUUGUGAGGCAGGAUGGGCAUGUGGUGGUGUUCAUCUUACCAGUGUGUUAGGUGUGCUCCCUAAAAGCAGUGAGGAAUUUUGAGAUCAUUUAUAUAUGUAUAUGUUUCUGGAGGAAAAAACCCCCAUUAGUCUCUGUUUCUCUAGAAUAGUGUAAAGCUGCCUAUUUUAAAAUUCCUUUCUUGCAUGUUUACACUUAAUCUUACUGUAAUUUUAAAUUUUAGAGCAUUUAAAGUAUAUAGUAUUUAUGAGCUAGAGAUCUAUGGUUCUACCUGAGAUAACAUAGAAUAAGGAUAUAUUUAUUUAUAUGAAUAUUUUGUGUCUACUGCUACUUUCAUGUGCAGAAUAACAGAGUUGUCAACCCUGCUGGAAAUGGCAGAAGUAAAACUAGAUACAUUUUCUAAUACUUGUAUGAGAAUUUCACCAAAUGUUACUGUAACAAAAAUAAUUUCAAAACAACAAAUAAAUGAAAAAUUUGCUGUGUGGCAUCUAAAGAUUGACUAAUCUGAAAGCAAGUUGUUUGAACUAGUGUUUAUGGAUUAGGAUAGAAUGUAAAAUGUUAAAAAGAAAAAAAUGGAAAUAUUGAAUGCAUUACAACUUUGAAAUGUUGUAAAAAUCUGUUUUUAUUGUGGCUUCAUUUUCAAAUUAAUAUUUGGCAGUUUUUAAAAUACAUAGCUGAAAUUCUGGAUAGUUUUGAAAAGUUAGCCUCUUUCUUUGGGUGCAGAGCAGAUAUAUUGAUGAACUACAGCAGUUUAUGAACAGCCACUUGCAAAACGCAAUCAAGCUGAGCAGGCUUUCUGAGGUGAGAAAACUGUCAUUUUAAUCUCUUGAAAAGCUACACUAAAAGUGGAGAUAUUAACUUGCCCUGCCUUUCUAGAGUAUUUUCUGGUGCUGUUACUGUGGGUCCCUGACAGUUCCAAAAUAAUGCAGCUGAGGCUGCAGCUGAAUGGGAUGCAGUGAAUAGGGCCAUUCUAUCCUGCUACUUCUCAAAGCCUUUUUUUUAAUUGUCAGUCUGAAUUAUGCAUUUCUUUUUACACUGGGAAAUAUAUGCAAAUUCUAUGACUGGGAAGUAAAUGGAAGGAAAAUACAUAGAGAAUACAUGACUGAAAGGGAAACUUGCAUUAUAUUUUUCUCUCCAUUAAUUCCCCAGCCCUGUAGUAAUAUAUACAUAUUUCCCAGUGGAAAAAAGUCCACAGAUUUGACAGACUCUUAAAAGAAUUCUUAGAAGUGGCAGAUUAGGACAGAGCUAAUUGUGCAUGAGUAGCACAUCCCCAUGUGACCUCACUCCCUCCAUUCUGUUCAUUCAGGCCUUUUUCAGAUUAGGUAACUGCAGGAACUAGAGCAGUAGGUGUUUCAGAAAGGAGCUGCAGACAGGGGCAGGUGUAAUAUUUUCCCAUUUACAUUGCUAAGAACUUGUCACCACCCCUUUUCUCCUACUCCUAAAAAAAAAAGUAGCACUCCUACUUUUUUCUCAUUUUACUAGUAAUUUUCAGUGAACAGUUUUGCAGCUGCAGGCAAAUGUGCCUACGAAUAUUCUCAUCUCAGCAAUUUCCCUAGAUGUUGCUCCUUUUGACAACUGAAAUUUACACAAACAUUGAACAGGCAGACUAAAUCCAACAACCCCGGGUGCAUGCUUGUGAACCUCCAAAAGACAACCCUCUCUACUAACACAAAAUUAGGAAGGCAUUUAUGCAAGUUUUUUGGGGCUGGAAAAGAAAAGGUGGUUAAUCAUUGCCAGUCAAUCUGAUGUUUCACUCUGGCAUUAGUGUAGGGACUGUCACUGAUUUCACUGCUCUCAACCCAUUGUGAAAUCUGUUUCUCAGGUCUGGGUGGCUUGACAAGCUAUUGUGAGAUGACUGACUCCUAGAACAAGCUGUAGGUUGUCAGAAUGGAUUGUUUCUUCUGAGUGGUUUCAUUUGGGAUUACACAGCAACUCACCAUGGCGGGUUAUCCACAAUGGGUUGCCAUGUCAUGCUAGUCAAAGAGCUCUACCUCAGAAUUUUAGACUGAGUUGUAAGGAAUGAACUGAAACAUUAUUUGUGAAGUAGAUUUUAUUUAUUAAUUACAUUUCUAUGUUACCCAUUAGUUCAAGCUCCCUGGGUAAUUUACAAGACAAAGUUUAAAAUGUGUUAACACAAUUUUUAAAGCCAGAGUGUUAAAAUAACUUAUCAAUUUCUUCCAUAUUACUUUCCCCCUCUAGAACAUUUCCUGCUCUUUCUUAUUGAAUGAAGGGAAACAAAGUGGUCUGGAUAAUUUUGCCAGUAAUCAGGAUGGUGACAGCCACCCUUUUCGAGCCCCACUGAAAUCUCUGAGAGUUCCACUGUCUCAUGUAGAUGAUGAAAAAAAUGAAAAUGGCAGAGACAUCGGAAUGGGCAACUCCACAAGUUUGCCAAGGUUUUCCUCAGAUACCUGGCCCAUUUGUACUGGAGACAGAAUGCUGGAUUAGAUGCAUCAUUCAUUAGAUCGCAUAGGGGUCUUAUGUUCUUACCAGACAAGCACUUACAAAUAUAACCAACUGCUUAUGAAAUUGAAGAUGGUUUGAUGUCUCUACUUGCAUUUAUCUACUAAGCUAGUUGAUGUGUCAUUGCAGAGAACCUUUUGAAUGCACUGCCAAGUUCUAUGAGCUCGCUGUCUGCCCUGCAUAAGAAUUCUCCAGUGAAGCAGUGUGAGGAGAUUAGGAGACCAUGCAGCGACAGUGUGGUUUUAUCAUGUGCAUAUGUGACUAAGAGAAAGAAGGGCAAAAGAGGCUUAUCUGCUGCAUUUGGAGCUGAUUCUUCCAUGAGACCAUCUGAUAAUUUGUCAGUUGAUGGCCUGCAGUGGACAAAGAAAACUGAGGCUGCUGUGAAUAAGCCUCUUGACAUCAGUCAGGUUGGUGAGCUUGUUACACUGAGCACUAAAAAUAAAAGCUAUGAGAAGUACAAAGCCAAUAAGACUAAAGCUUUAAGAAAAGUGAGUACUGGAACAGUAGACAGAGAUGUUUCUAUCAGCCAGUCAAGAGGAAAUGUGGACAGUCAUAGUAAUGGACAAGUGGAUCCUGCAGAACUAUCUGAAACCAGCAAAUUGCACAACAGCAAGGGAAACAUGCUCAAGCCUGCAUACCCUGCUGAAGAUUCUAGUCGAGUGGAUUCUCUGGAGGAGAUAGUGCCAUUGGACAGCCAUGGUUCAAAGGAGAAGCAUAAUUCCCAGCACUCUGACAAAACUAGAAGGUCUUCUUUGGCAGACCCAGCUCUCCCAGACCAUGUCAAUAGUUGUAACUCUUUCACUCAAACAAUAAAGAAAAAGAUAUUCUUGGAAAAAAUGAAGAAUUUAGAAGGUCAGUUCCAAAGCCCAGAGACCAAUUCAUUGCACAAUAAACAAGGUGAGGACAGUCAUGGCUGUGUUGUCACACAUACUUCCCAGGAUCCUAAAAAAGCCACAGCUUGCAGAAGAAGAUAUGCGGUAGAUCUUGGUCUUCCAGAUGAUGAAAAUGUUUGCACUUCCUUUGCACAUGAAAUUAGGAAAAGCACACUUACGGAAAACUUCGAGGACCUAGAAAGUUGGUUCCAGAACCCAGAGUCUAGCUCAUUCAACAGUCAAAACUCACAGCAUACUUUCAACACACAGCAUUUCAUGAGUUCCCAAACACAGAUCCCUAGCCAAGAAGCAACUCUGGGUCUGAAUGUGAAGCGUAAAAAGCCAAAGAGAAAGACCCAAGAAAUUGUUGUAUCACAUAGUCUUGGUGAGAUAGAUGUACAAAGUCUAGAUGUUAACAGGCAGUCUCACACUCAGCCACAAGAAAGUAAAACCCAAAAAGGUCCCAGUAAAAAAGCAGCCCAAUUAGACAGGGAAAAUUCACAGAAAGAGUACUGCAGAACAGAUGUGAAUGUUUUUUAUUUGAGUGAAGAUGUUAAUCGAAGAGUCAAUAAAAAGAAAGAUAAAACUUCAAGAAUCAGUCUUAAAUUAAUGAGCCAAAGAAGCACAACCUCUCUGGCAUCUGUAGGGAGCACCCCACCUGUAUUUCCAGUUUUACUGGAAAUUGAGGAUUCUGGUCUUCACAGUGUCCAUAAGAACUCUGCCAAGGUGAUUCCAAAAGUUCAGCAGUCUUCAGUCACUCCAGACAGCUGUACUUUGAACAAAACAAAUAGCAGCCCUUCAGAGAGGACAGAUAGAGGUGUUGACAGCCAUGCAAUUGACAUAAAGAAAAAAACUAUGACUAAGUUAAAGAAGAAAGCAUACACUGUAAAGUAUGUGACAGAAGAGUGUGCAUCUUCUGAUGAUGAUGCUCAAGGUCCAGAAGAAUGUGAAACCAGUGAAGCAGAUAAGGCAGGAUCAAAUUUUCUCCGGGUUCCAAGUUCCAGAACUCAGCAAGAUUCUCCUAUUAUGGGUCUUACUGAGGCUCCAACAGUGUUUGAUUCCUUCACCAAAUGUCCCAGCACUUCAGAUUCUUCUUCGGUUUACCGCUCUGAGGUGGUUGUAUCCAGUUGUUGGAGCUCUGGUAGUUCAUGUUCUGUGUUUCCUGCUUCUAAAGACCAGGGUAGUUCAGAAAGAUGCCACUUGCCAAAAAGCUUAACAACCUUGAAGAAAAAUGAGGCAGAACAGUUGGCUUCCUGCAGACAAAGGCGAAAGACAGAACGAGCAACUUCUGACACAUUUGCACAAGAAAAUGAAAAUAAAGUACUGAAAGAUUUGACCAAUGCCAGCCCUGAUUCAUGCCAUUCCAUCAUUCUGGAAGGCUCUCCAAUACAUCCAACUAGGCGGAGGAAAAAACAAGUUUCCUAUGCAGAGCCCAAGAUCAACAGCAAACUGAGGCGUGGUGACCCAUUUACAAUUACUGACUUCCUCAGCUCCCCUAUUUACAAAACUAAAAGAAAGAAGUUGUCUAAAGGAUCUGGGAAAUCCAGGAAAGCCAAGGAAAUUUACCAGGAAGAAGUUCAGCCCACUUCCAGUUUUAUGACUAUUCCUUAAGACAUAAUUUCAUUUGUACUUACAUAGUGAUGAGUUCACUAUUAGGUUGUCUGUGUUAAAGUAUGACUAGGUUUGCAUGUUUCACCAAAUUACAGGGCUGUACUGGAGCAUCUGUGUGCAUAGUCUCCCACCUUUUUGCAGCAUUCACUUUGCACCUUUUCCAUAAACUAUACAUGAAUACUUUCCUUCUGGGUUGUUUGCAGCAGUGUUUGAACCUGGAAUACUGGGUUGCUGAGGGACAAACAGCCCAGGGUUUAACCCAGUGACAAAAUCAGAAGGGGCAAAUGAGUGGAAAGCAGGGGGCCCACUGCUGCACCGUCCCAAGCAUGGGUAAUUUAACUCAGUCAUUACAUGUGAACUAAGUUAGUGUGUUUUAACCAUUCCAUUUCAAAAAUAAAACUUUCCCCCUUUUUAUAUUUGUUGAUUGCCUUGAUAAUAUAGUUCUGUGGAUGAUGUACAUAAAAGUUUCACAACGGGUUGUAAAAAACAUAUGAUAAAACUGAAUUACCACAAUAAAAUUAUACCAGUCCAGACCAUA